GCGGUAGCCACGGGGGGCGCGGCCGCAACACCACCGGGGCCGCCUGAGCGGAGGCUCCUCGAGGGCCACGCCCCCCGGCCCCCUGGGGGCUAGAGCGCGACGGAGGGGUGGAGCCUUCCUCGUGACCCUUCACCCCAGCAUGGCUGCGCCCGUGGGACCAGUGAAGUUCUGGCGACCCGGUACGGAGGGGCCAGGUGUCAGCAUCUCUGAAGAGAGACAAAGUCUAGCGGAAAACUCUGUGACAACUGUUGUUUACAAUGCUUACGCUGCCCUUUCUAUAGAGCAACAGAGGCAGAAGCUGCCGGUUUUCAAGCUUAGGAAUCAUAUAUUAUACUUGAUAGAAAACUGUCAGACGGUGGUGAUUGUUGGAGAAACGGGAUGUGGAAAAAGCACACAGAUCCCACAAUACCUUGCAGAAGCUGGCUGGACAGCCGAAGGAAGAGUUGUGGGCGUGACCCAGCCUCGAAGAGUGGCUGCCGUGACAGUUGCAGGGAGAGUAGCUGAGGAAAGAGGUGCAGUGCUGGGCCACGAGGUGGGCUACUGCAUCCGCUUUGACGACUGCACUGACCCGCUGGCUACAAGAAUUAAGUUUCUGACCGAUGGAAUGCUGGUCAGGGAAAUGAUGGUUGACCCUUUGUUAACAAAAUAUAGUGCCAUCAUGCUGGAUGAAGCUCAUGAGAGGACCUUGUACACCGACAUUGCCAUUGGCUUGUUAAAAAAGAUUCAGAAAAAGCGAGGGGAUCUCCGCUUGAUUGUGGCCUCAGCCACUCUGGAUGCAGAGAAAUUUCGAGAUUUCUUUAAUCAAAAUGAAACCAGUGACCCGACCAGAGAUACGUGUGUGAUCCUUACAGUGGAAGGGCGAACGUUUCCAGUGGAUAUCUUUUAUCUGCAAAGUCCUGUUCCAGAUUAUAUCAAAUCAACUGUGGAAACUGUGAUGAAAAUUCACCAGACAGAGGGCGAUGGAGACAUAUUAGCAUUUCUUACUGGCCAGGAAGAGGUAGAAACUGUUGUGUCUAUGCUAAUCGAGCACGCUCGAGAGCUGGCUCGCACUGGGAUGAAGAGACACCUCCGAGUUCUCCCCAUGUAUUCAGGACUGCCUUCCUUUGAGCAAAUGAAAGUGUUUGAACGAGUGCCACGCAGUGUCAGGAAGGUGAUAGUGGCCACCAAUGUGGCAGAAACCUCCAUCACCAUCAGCGGGAUUGUAUAUGUGAUUGACUGCGGCUUCAUGAAACUCCGUGCCUACAAUCCCAGAACAGCUAUUGAAUGCUUGGUGGUGGUCCCGGUGUCCCAGGCCUCAGCCAACCAGCGAGCAGGGCGUGGUGGUCGUAACCGCUCAGGGAAAUGUUAUCGACUUUAUACAGAGGAAGCCUUUGAUAAGUUGCCUCAAUCCACCGUUCCUGAGAUGCAGCGCAGCAAUUUGGCGCCUGUCAUCCUGCAGCUGAAGGCGCUGGGAAUUGACAAUGUCCUCAGGUUCCACUUCAUGUCGCCUCCUCCAGCACAGUCAAUGGUUCAAGCUUUGGAGUUACUCUAUGCUCUGGGAGGUCUGGACAAAGACUGUCGGCUAACUGAACCGCUUGGCAUGAGGAUAGCGGAGUUUCCUUUGAAUCCCAUGUUUGCAAAAAUGCUGCUUGAAUCAGGAAAUUUUGGCUGUUCUCAGGAAAUCCUAAGCAUUGCGGCCAUGAUGCAGAUCCAGAAUAUCUUUGUGAUCCCCCCAAACCAGAAGUCCCAGGCAAUUCGAGUGCACCGAAGAUUUGCUGUGGAGGAGGGUGAUCAUCUCACUAUGCUCAACGUGUAUGAAGCAUUCAUCAAACACAAUAAGAACUCGCAGUGGUGUCAGGAACAUUUCCUGAAUUACAAGGGCCUUGUCAGAGCUGCAACGGUGCGAGAACAAUUGAAAAAGCUUCUUGUCAAGUUCCAAGUGCCCAAGAAAUCUAGUGAAGGUGAUCCGGAUCCGGUUCUGAGGUGCAUUGUCUCGGGAUUCUUUGCAAAUGCUGCGAGGUUUCAUUCUUCUGGAGUUUAUAGGACUACCCGUGAUGACCACGAAUUGCACAUCCACCCUGCAUCAGUCCUCUAUGCAGAGAAGCCGCCUCGCUGGGUUGUCUACAAUGAAGUUAUACAAACCUCCAAGUAUUAUAUGAGAGAUGUGACUGCUAUUGAAUCUGCUUGGCUGUUGGAGCUGGCUCCACACUUUUAUCAACAAGGAACGCACCUGUCCCUGAAAGCCAAAAGGACCAAGGUCCAGGACUUGUGAGCAGAGCUCGGCUACAGUGGACAGGGGCUGCUUGGUGUCCUCUCCACCAUGCCGCUGACCACCCAGCCCCACGGGUGAGCUGGCAUCAGCUCACGUGGAACCUUCAGCUGCUCUGAGGCCGUAGCCUGUUGACUAGCCGCUUCCUUCCCACUCGCCUCAGCAUUUUCUUCCUCGCCGGGAUCCUGGAUGAGUUUCUGCAUGGGCAGCCAUCACGCUGCACUGGCAGGCAUCAUGGGGCACCGCACCCAGGCAGGCGGGAGUAGGCAGGCGGUGCCCCUUGGCUCACUCAGUGCUCGCAAUCCCAGCAUGCACAUCGAGCAGGCACUCAGCCGUGGUCCAGCUGGACCGGGAACAAGGAGGAAUGUUAGCCACUGAAGGCUGAUGCGGCAUGUGGGAUGGACAGAGGACAGAGGACCUGCCAGGACCACGGCUGUAUCCGCGCUGCCAGGGGUGAAAAAGCCUGGAUCAGGGAAGGGAUGAGACCUUGGAAACUGAGGAUUUCUGCCAGAAUCACCGAGGAGUGUGUCUGGCAGGCACAGGGCCUUCCAAACCAAGCAGCUUCUGGUUUUCCUCUGCCCGUGUCCCCGUUUCUCUGCGGCUGGGAGACUUGCCAAGGGAUUGGCGAGGGACAGAGAGGACUGUGCACUGCUGCUUGUUAGCAAAGGAUUUCUCUCUUUCCCAAGUGGGUUGAGCUUCCUCUCAGAGUGCGAUGCUGUGUCCUGCUGCCACCAGCAGAGCACAGUGAAAGCUUAUCAGCGCAGACCCCCAGGGGUCUUCUUUAGCAGGGAUUCACAUCAGUUUAGAUGGCCUAAACUUCUGUAGCUCAGGAACAGAGGCUAUUGCAUAUUUGUGUUUUGUUUGUUUAUUUGCUUGGUUUCUUGGAAGAACACAUGGGGUGGCUGUUCCAGCAGGCACUGGUGUCACUGUUGCCCCCCAGCUUCUUUGCCAUGGAGAUGUCUGCUUUCAACACAGUGACUGACACAGACCCUUCCCCCCACCCCCUUACUGUGUCAGUGACAUUUAUUUUAAAAACACGUAGCUUGAAAAUUUAUUUUUGUACUGACAUCAGUUUGGAUGUGCCACUUUUGGCACCAAACAUGUAUGUCAUUUUUAUUUUCAUUUUAUAAACAGGUAAAUAAUAGUGAUACCUUGUUAAUAAUAGUAAAACUUUAUACCUAAAAUAAAUGUAUCCCCUC